GCCUGCACAAAUCCUCCCCGUUAAUCGCAUCUUGCCGGCUGGCAGGGAUUCAGAGACAUCAUGCAGUCAUCUGUGGGUGGUGACAAACCAUAGCGUGUAUAUACAAUCUUAGUGACAAACAUACACACACACACACACACAGUCCUUCCCUGACGGUGGAUUGAGGAGGAAGCUCCAGCAAAGGGCCAAUGGCGAUGAAAAUUGAUUUAAGUAGCAUCAUAGAGCAAAUGCAGACGGGGGAGCAGGACGCUGCUUUGACGGCUCUGCAGAGCUACAACAAGGAGAUGAACCAGUGCUUUACAUUCAGCAGAGAAGAAGAGCGGGACAGAGAGGAAGGGAAGUUACAAAAGCAUCUGGGUGAGUUGGUGCUCGGUUUCCUGAAUAGGGAGUUGCAGCCUUCCUGUCUGCUGGCAUGUCUAGAAACAGUUCGCAUCCUGUCCAGAGACAAAAAUUGCCUGGACCCCUUCAUCAACCGCUCUGCCAUGUCCACUCUCGCCCGCUAUGCUGGCAUCGCUGUGGCCAGUACUGCCACACCUGCCCACAAUAAGCCAGAGGAGGGCCAAGUGGAGGGUGAGGGGGGAGAAGGCGAAGAUGUAGAAGAUGUAUCCAGUGAGUUGGUGAAAGAAGCCUCCCCUCCUUCAGAAAACCCUGACCAGGAAGUGAUUGUCGAGGCUCUCAAGUCCAUUUGUAACAUCCUGCUACACAACGAGACAGGACAGGUGGUAGCUGCAGACCUGCAACUGAUAAAGGGUGUGGCAGAGAGGCUGAAGCAGUGUCAUGAUCCCACCUGGAACCAUGAGGUGCGUUUCUUUGACUUGCGCCUCACCUUCCUGCUGACUGCCCUGAGAGUGGAUGUCAGGGCACAGCUGGCUCAGGAGCUUCACGGCAUCAGUCUGCUAGGCAACCAGUUGGAUGCCACUCUGGGUCUGUGUUGGCCAGAUACAUUGGAGACGGCCAGGGCAGGGUUAGAGGACGUCCCACCUGAAGACCUGCCCCCACUGAGUCGGCAACAGACAGAGCGAGCCAUGGAAAUACUGAAAAUAUUGUUCAAUAUCACGUUUGACACGACAAGGCGUAAGGUUGAUGAGGAAGAGGCAGCAGAAUACAGACGUCUGGGAGCCAUACUGAGACACUGUCUGAUGAGCCAUGCAGAUGGAGAGGAGCGGACUGAGGAGUUCCACAGCCAUACUGUUAACUUGCUGGGUAACCUCCCUCUGCCAUGUUUGGAUGUACUGUUGAUGCCCAAGGUGCAACAAGGCUCCAUCGAAUACAUGGGGGUCAACAUGGAUGCUGUCAACAUGCUGCUGGAAUUCAUGGAGAAAAGACUUGACCGGGGACAUAAGCUGAAGGAGACCCUUCUCCCAUCACUGAACUUGCUGACUGAGAGUGGACGCAUCCACCGAGAAACCAGGAAGUUCCUCAGGUCAAAGGUUCUGCCCCCGCUGCGUGAUGUGAAGAACAGACCAGAGGUGGGCAGUUCCCUUAGGAACAAACUAGUCCGCCUCAUGACACACAUCGACACUGACGUCAAGGACUGUGCUGCCGAAUUCCUCUAUGUUCUUUGCAAAGAAAGUGUUUCAAGGUUCAUUAAGUAUACUGGAUACGGUAACGCUGCAGGUCUGCUGGCUGCUAGAGGACUGCUGAGGGGGGGCAGAGACUCCGGGAUCUACUCUGAAGAUGAGGACUCGGAGACCGAGGAGUACAGAGAAGCCAAGGCUCAUAUAAACCCAAUAACAGGAGUGGUAGAGGAGGAGCAGCCUAAUCCCAUGGAGGGAAUGACGGAGGAGCAGAAAGAAUAUGAAGCUAUGAAGUUGGUCCGCAUGUUUGACAAACUGUCCAGGACCAAUGUGAUUCAGCCCAUGCAACUCGGUAUGGACGGGAAGAUGAGAGAGUUGACUCCGGAGGAUAUGUGUAAACUGACCCACAAUCCUUUGUUCCAGCAAGAGGAGCCAGUGAACUCAGACAGUGAAAAUGAUGCUUAAACACAGACGCUUAAAGGCAGAGACAGAUGUAAACCCUGUGACAGUCAUGUCUCAUUAUUCAAAAUAUUCACCGGCCCUAGGGUCCAGCCUGUUCCUGUUUGUUUGUUCUGAUGGGGGGUGUGGACAGGUGGGAUUAGAUUAGUCAGUGUGAACACACAUGGGAGACAGUUUGAAGGACCAUAUCACUGGCUUUAAAUGUCUAUAUGUUCCUGUCCACAACAAAUCAACAGUGUUUUAUUGCUGACCAUUUUCCAAAGAGUAACACUAGUUUUCUUCCUCCCACACAUCCGUUUCAGUCCAUUUCAGUCCAGUAUGGAGACCGUGUGAAGGUAAACCUUAAAAUGGAUACUUGGACUGAAAAAGAAAUAUCUUUCAUUCACCAGAGCAUCAAAGCUGCAUAAAAAGCAACAUUUCCAGUGAGCUUGGCUGUAGAAUUGACCCUUUAAGGAUGGUUUCACGUAGGUCUGGACGGUCAAGAUGUGACAUUGUUCCUCAGUCAACUCAAACAAUCAACAAUCUCAAGAGGCUCCUUCUUUUGAUUUACAGCAGCUGCACUCAGGGGGCAGUGCAUGUCCAAAGGUGGUUUGAGGAAAUUCUGGUACCUUAGACUUAACAUGCUUGGAUCUUAAAACUGAUGCACUCCCUGGGAUUGACUGAUCGCUCAAAUUCCCAAAUUUGCAUCCAGCUUACUGUUUUGAAGCUCAACAAACACGUACAAGAGAUCAUAUGAAUAUAUGACAUCAAUUUUGUAAUUUCUUUCAUGAAAAAGGUUCAGGUAGAACAGGCGACUCCCAAAUCUCAGAUACCGGGAUGCUCCCUGAACACACCACCAGAGAGACUUCAAAACAGUCUUUGCUUACAGCGCCAUCACCACAUGACCACAACAUUACUUCUGACAAAAGUUAAUAAGCUACACAGUUUGCAGCCACUUUAAUUUCUAUAUUAUGAUGAACUUGAACCUAAUGGCUGGAGAAUCAGUCAGAUCUGCUUUCGAAAAUGGUCAACAAUCCUGAUGUGAUCUGUUGAUGCUAAAGUAUGAAGAAAGCAUCGGUGUGGCCCUUAAAUCAUGCUCCUGUCUAGACAACAACACAUGUCUCUGUUCAAGUGUGUGUGUGCCUGAGCUCCGUGUGUGUGUGUGCACACGUCAUCUUUCUCUCAGAGCCUGGACCUCAAACGCUUCACAGAGGUGGUAUAUGUCUAUGCUGGUCAUGGUUAUUUAUUUCUGUAGGUCUUUAUUACCAGCAUGUCAAUCAUCAGACAGUCGCAGUGUGACAUGACGCCACGCAGAAACACAAACUACAAACACAACUCUCUGGGCUCCGCCUGUGACCCGACACCGCUAACAACAUAUUAUCCCAGUGGUUUGGAUUUGAUUUGCUGAGGUUGUGAGGUCGUCGCCUUUGAGGUUUCUGCCACCACCUCAGGUCACACAGGUGAAUGUAAUCUGGACCGUAGUCAGUAAAGUCUUGAAAAUGUCUUCCCACCAACAACAUCCCAGUUACUGAUCCUCAGGAUAAUCCACAGGCCUCUUGUUUGCAUUGAGAACUAUUCACAGCACAGUGGGUACUUGUCUGCGUCUUUAUUUGAAGUUGAGCUUUUUAGGAUCAUUUUGCUGGAGCUUUUCAUGGUCAGGUGAUGUGUCAUUUCUACUUUUCAUGAGAGCAGAAGAAAAGGUAUGAAAGCUAGCCAAAGUGAUGUUGUUCAGUUUGCAGCAAUAGACUCAGCUGUAUUUUUAAGAAGAAAAAAAAAGAUGAAUUUUAGAUGCCUGCUGUUUUUCAUGAAGCUCUUCAGAUGUUUUAUUUUUAGAUGUGAAAUGUGAAACUGCAGACACAUAGGUUACAACUUUAGACUGGAGAUUCAAUAUUCUAAUAUGCAAAGAAAGAGUCUAUAAUCUGACACAUAUUCUAUAUUAAAUGUGUUGAUAUUGUUAUUGUAUAGCUGAAAACUAUCAUGGACUACAUAUACAUUAAAUGUGUUUAAAUGACA